GUUCUCUCUCAUCAAAACCAACUUACACUACAGUCAUGAAAUCUCUGGCUCUCAUUCUCAUUCUUUGUGCCAUGCUGCCACUGACUCAAGCAGCCUGUUUCGUCACACGGUUAAAACCAGGUAUGACCCACUGCCAGGAUGAUGUGGAUAAGACCUGGCAUGCUGUAGGAUCCUCCUGGAGAAACAGCAAAUGCUGGGACUGCACAUGUGAAGGAUGUUGUGAUCAGAUGCCGAGGGUCACGCCUUCUGCUGGCUGUAAAGUGGAGUAUGAUUAUCAGACAUGUACUUUUAGGGUUUUCAACCCGAUGGAUCCCUCUGCAGAGUGUCCACACAGUGCUGUUGGAAAGUGAUUAUGUAACGGAUACAGUGAAUAACACCACAUUAAAGAUCUCACAAUGACAGAACUGUC